GAGAUCAGGGUACAUGAAACAAUCUCAGAAAUCAGUGAAGUUUCCAGUAAAGAGCUGCAAAUUGACGAUCCAUACAAGGAGGCUGCUUGCAUACAUGAACCUGCUGCGGAAGUUGGUGACAAACCUGAAGUGAUGAGUAAAGAACCAGAAAUUGAGGAACAUCCUAAAGUUGACAUCUCGAGCCCAUCGAUUAGUGAUGAAACUGUGAAGGAAAGCAUAAAGGAAGAUGAAAGCAUCCCAUUGAAGUCAACAGAAAAGGCUAACUCUUCAACUGAACUUGAGGACUCGACCAAUGAAAAAAACCUUAGUAGAAGGAAGCACCAAUGCUGCUGAACCCGAAUCUGCACCGGUUGCACCAGAAACAGAAGAGAAAAAGCAGGAAGCAGAUAAUGCUGUUCCCACUGAAAAAAGCAGUCUAGCAACGACCAGACAUGAAGGGGCCGGCGUAGAUGGUGUGGAACAGGCAGAUUCCUCCAUAUCAUUCAAGAAGGGACGAAGGAAUGCAGGAUGAAGUUCCAAAUGAGCAUUCCAAAACUCCUCUCCCACAAGCAAUAGAUGAGACACUAAUGGAAAAGGAGGAUAAUCCAACUUUUGACAUUCCAAAAAUAGAGGCCAUAGAGACAGGACUGGAACACCUGCACAAGGAAUCAAACGUGCAUACAGAACAGGAGACCGGAAAAUACAAAUCUGUAGCAGAAACAUCGAAAGCUGAACAAUCAUCAGACUUAGGAUUGGUGAAAGAGCAUAUCGAAGAUGGAAAACAGUUGGAUGAAUCCAUGGGUGCGGAAGAAUCCUCGGGUAUAUGCAAAGAUGUCGAAAAGAUUGUCGAAGCAGAAGAUGAUUUAGCUAAGAACUUGGCAGAACAAGAAACUGAAGUGCCGAAAGUAACUCCUGAUCAGAUUUCUGAGGUCAAAAACCUGAAUGUAAGUGAAGAAAUAAGUAAGGAAACCAUCCCUGAACUGAGCAAGAACCAAGCUGAUGAAACCAUCACCGAUGUUCAAAACCAAGAAUGUGGAGGAACCGGAAGACAAACUGGAGGAUGCACAAAAAGAAAGCUAGAUGAACAAGAUUGCCAUCUUGUCUAA